AUGAAAGCUGCUAUUGCUCUUAUCUUCUUCGCUUGUGUUGCUGGUUCAAUGGCUAUUGAUGCUCGUAGUCAAUUCGUUGAUCAACUUGUUCAAGAAGGACAAGCUAUUGCUGGCACUGUUUUGACUCACCUUCAACAACAAAUCCUCGGCUUAGUUCAACAAGCUUUUGGUCAACUCUCAUCUCUUGUUUCUUCAUUUGGUCGAUUUGACUUAGGCUUCGAUGUCAACUCAAUCAUUAACCAAUUUAAACCUAUGUUAGCUGGAUUUGUCAACCAAGCUCUUGUUUCAGUUCUUGGUAGUCUUCAAGGUCUUCUUGGUCGUGCCUCAUUUGAUUUUGGUGCUAUCUUUGACUCACUCCUCCAACAAGUUCUUCCAGCCAUCCAAGGAAUUGGUCAACAUGUCCUCAAUCAAGGUUUAUCUGCUGUUCUUGGUAGUCUUGGUAGCUUAGGUGGACGUGGUUUCAGUGAUAUCCUUAGUGCUCUUCAAGCCCAAAUUAGCAAUGCUGUCACAAUUGCUCAAAGUGCUCUCACUGGUGCUGUUAGCAACAUUGCCAGUCUUGGUUCAAACCUUCUUGAUGCCUCAAAACCACAUUGGGAACAACUUCAAGAACAACUUGUUGGUCAUGGUCUCAAUGUUCUUGGUUCACUCUCAGAAACCAUCAACAACCUUCAUGGUUCAAUCACCGGUGGUCGUUAA